AUGACUAGACGAGAGUUUGUUUUUGAGGUGCAUUAUGGAGGUCACAUGGACAGACGGUUCAUGAAUACCUAUGUCGGGGGUGAUGUAGAUGUGUACACGGAGGCCAUUGAGCAUGAUAAGUUGUCAUUUUCAGUCAUUCUGGGUAUAGCAAAAAAUUAUGGAUAUCAAUCUGGUGACCUAAUUUAUUACUUACUACUGGGUUGUACACUGCAUAACGGAUUGAAAUUAGUUACAUCCAACUUUGAUGUACAUGAAAUGGUUGAAGCACACGCAGGUCUACCAGUUGUUGAGUUGUACAUAAAUUCAUUCAGUGAGUCCAUUCCUGACAAUGAUGAUGAUGAUGAUGAUGAUUAUGGGGAUGACGAAGGGGGUUGUUCUAGGAUCGAUCGAGACGAUCUAUAUUGGGAUGAGGUGAAUGAACCUGAUCUUUUUGUUCAGAAUAAUGAUGUGACUGGGCCAUCUACUAGCACAGGCAUGAGAGAGGGUAGUGAAGAUAGAGAUGGUUGUAGGGAGGGUGAAGAUAGUGAAGAGGGUGAUAAGAGUGAAGAGCAAGUUGUUGAUGAGGGGUCUGAUGAUGAUGAUGCCAACUCAGACAUGGCACGCAGUGACAUUCUUACAUCUCCUCCCAAGAGUGAUGAGGAUUACGAGGUAGCCUCCCAGAGUCGGAGAAAACAUGUGACAAAGCGGUCUGAGUUCCAUCUGACUGACAUGGGUAAUCCAGAGUUUGUGGUUGGUACAAAAUUCCCGUCGAUACAGGUUUUUAGAGAGGCGGUUAAAGAGUGUAAUGUAAAAAUGGGAAAGGAUGUUAAGUUCAAGAGGAAUUACCUUGCCAAGUGUGUAGUGAUAUGCAGGGAUGAACAUUGUAAAUAUAGGAUUUAUGGGCGCAAGUGCAAGGAUGAGGAAUCCUUUGAAGUAAGAUCAUUUCAGCCAAAACACAGUUGUAGGAGGAGACAUGAGAAUUCGAUUCUGAAAUCGAAUUGGAUUGCAGACAAGUUAAUAGACAAGUUCAGAGCACAACCAAACAUGCCUGUAAAGGCAAUUGUAGAGGAGGUGAAGGGUAGGUGGGGUGUGGAUGUCAAAGAGCACAGGCUGUACAGGGCUAGAAAACUUGCAAAAGACAAGAUCCGUGGAAAAUUGGAUGAACAGUACAACAAGUUAUGGGAUUAUUUAGAGAUGAUAAGAGUAACAAAUGCUAGCAGUUGCGUAAUGAUGAAGAUAGAGAGGCCGUUACCUGAUAUUCCAGGAAAAUUUCAGAGGUUGUACUUCUCUUUAGCGGCCAUGAAAAGAGGUUUUCUUGCUGGUUGUAGACCAAUCAUUGGCCUGGAUGGAUGCUUCUUAAAAGGCCCGCAUAAGGGCCAACCAUUGGCCGCGAUUUCGAGGGAUGCAAACAACCAGAUGUAUCCAGUUGCAUUUGCAGUUGUGGAAGCCGAAACUAAAGAUAGUUGGACCUGGUUCUUAGAAGCUUUGCUAUCGGACCUCGGCACUCCUCCCGCAGAAGGAUGGACAUUUAUUUCGGAUCGCCAGAAGGGUUUGGUACAGAGUUUAGAUUUGGUUGCUUCCAAUGCUGAGCACCGGAUUUGUUGUAGACAUUUAUACGCAAACUACAGAGAUGCAGGUCAUAAAGGUUUGGCGUUGAAGGAUAAGCUGUGGGGCGCGGCUGCAGCAUACACAGAGGCUGAAUGGAGAAGGGAAAUGGAGGAACUAAAUGAGAUAAGCCCCGAUGCGUACGAUUACUUGUCCAAGAUUGACCCAAGCACGUGGGCGAGGUCUUGGUUCAGUACCUUCUCUAAGUGUGACUUAAUUGUGAACAACCUGUCAGAGUGUUUCAAUGCUUGGAUUUUGAAACAACGUGACUUGCCAAUUAUAUCGCUGCUUGAAAUGUUGAGAACGAAAUUGAUGAAGAGAUACCAAAAGAAGCGGGAAGGCAUCAGUAACAUGGAAGGAAGGAUUUGUCCCAAAAUUAUGGUGCUGUUAGAUGAACUCUCACGUGAUGCUGGUCAUUGCUAUGGCGUGUAUGCUGGGGAUGGGUUCUUUGAAAUCACAGACAAGCAGAAUCAAUAUGUAGUGAACCUAGUGAGAAGAACUUGCGGAUGUAGACAAUGGGAUAUGACAGGUAUCCCAUGUGCACAUGCAAUAUGUGCAAUAUGGAUUGAUGGUGUUGAACCUGUAGACUAUGUUUCUGAUUGGUACACUGUGGAUAUGCUUAAAAAGGCAUAUGAACCUGUUGUGUAUCCCAUGCCUGGAGAAGAACAGUGGACAAAAACAAACGGCGAGCAUGUAGACCCACCAAUGAGUAGAAUACAACCUGGGAGGCCGAGAACAGUAAGGACUAGAGGACCAGACGAGCCCAGGAAUCAAUACAGGAUAAGGAAGGGUGGGGUUGUCAUGAGAUGUCAAAGAUGCAAGGUGAUUGGACACAAUGUAAGAACAUGCCCCCGUAUAAGAACAGAAGCAGUGAAUUAUAGAGGACAGUCUAGUAGCGAGGUACAAUCUGCAGUUGAUAGUGAACCGAAUCCCCAAUCUACAUUUGAUACUGAACCGGUAGCUUUCAAUACUCUCACUACUUUUUUGGAAUUUUUCACUACUUUUGACACUAAUACUCAAAACUCUUAACUACAUUUUGCAGCCCUCAAUUCCCCCUAAUAUUCCCCCUAGUACCCCACAAGCCACUGUUGCAUCGUCUAGAGGUAGAGGUAGAGGUAGGGGGAUGGGUAUGAGUAGGGGUAGGGGUAGGGGUAGCAGGGCUAUUGGUAGGGGCAGGGGUAUGGGUCCACCAAUCCCACCAGGGCUUACAGCUUCAAGGGUUUCAG